AUCCAGGUUCCCUAUUAUGGGAUGUUUGUGACAGGUGGAAGGGCAUUUGAAGGGGCAAAGGGCAAUUGUGGCAUGUGAGGGGCAUUAGAGUGUGGUUUUGGGGCUUGCCUGCAGAAGUGUCUGAAGAGUGUCCUGAGAUCAGCUCUCUCAGCAUGGCUCAGACACACCGGCUAGCGUGGCUCUUCCUCGCCCUCUUCUUCCUCGGUGGACUCCAGUGUGACCAGGAGGAACAAACAAGGGGCCGCAGCAAGAGGGACAUUAGUAAUGACCAGCCCCGUAUGGUGUCAGAAAAUGGGCAUCUCAUAUUCGCCCCUGGAGAUCACAAAGACAUCCGCUUCCAGACAGGAGGCUCAGGAAGUGUGAAAGUGGGCACUGAGGAUCUCACACAGGUCUUGGGUCAGGUAAAAACAAAUAAACAAGACAUAGACGAUCUAAAGGCCAACAGCCCCACUGGUGAUAUAACCAACCAGUUAAAUCAAGUGAAGCAAAGGGUUACCACUCUUGAAAGUAAGGUGCAGACAAUUGAGCAGACAGUACAGAGGAAGACCUGCACCAGUAACCCGUGUCAGAAUGCAGGCACGUGCCUCAACCUUCUGGACUCCUUUUAUUGUAUUUGCCCAGAUAACUGGCAGGGUCCCAACUGUAAUGUCGAUGUGAAUGAGUGUCAGAUCUACGUUGGAACCACUCAAGGCUGUCAGAAUGCCGCCACCUGUGUCAAUACACCAGGAUCUUUCACUUGCACCUGUCCUCCAGAAUGGUACGGUCCACACUGCACAUCUCGCUAUGAUGACUGCGCAGGAGGGAGCCAGGAUUUGUGUGAACACGGGGUGUGCAUCGACUCUGAUCGUGUCACACCAAACCAGCCCAAGUACAAGUGUAUCUGUGAUGCUGGGUGGACGUCUCCCCCGGGCUCCCCCGCCUGCACAGCUGAUGUGGAUGAGUGCAACCUGCCCAACAAGCCCUGCUCCACCAACCCCGCCGUGCAGUGCUUCAACACCCUGGGCUCAUACUACUGCGGGGGCUGCCCAGCAGGGUGGCAAGGCAAUGGCUACAGCUGCCAGGAUGUUAACGAGUGUGACACCAACAACGGCGGCUGCUCCACCUCCCCCAUGGUCCCGUGCCUGAACACCAUGGGCUCCUUCCACUGCGGCCAGUGUCCUCCAGGCUAUGAGGGAGAUGGCAGAACCUGCACCCAGGCCAACAUCUGUGCCACCAACAACGGAGGCUGCUACCCCUUGGCCACCUGCACUGCAGUUCCAGGAAGUAACACCCCUGUGUGCACCUGCCCCGCGGGGACUGUGGGUAAUGGCUACGGCCCCACAGGAUGCACUCAAGUCAGUGACAUCUGUCAGACCAACAACCCCUGUGUCAAUGGACAGUGUGUGAGCACCACCACUGGAUACAUAUGCACCUGUGAUCCAGGCUGGUCGGGCACCAACUGUGACCAGAAUGUGAAUGAGUGUGCCAGCAACCCUUGCCAGAACGGGGGCACCUGCGCAGAUGGCAUCAACGGGUUCUCCUGCACCUGCACCAACCAGUGGACAGGCCCGCUGUGCCAGACACCCCAGCAAGAGUGUGGUGGGGUCCUCACUGGUCCUGCUGGGACCUUUAGCUAUCCCACUAACCCUGGCCAUGAUCAGUACCCACACCAGGUCAGCUGUGCCUGGGUCAUCAGAGUCGACUCAAGCAAGAUUGUUAGGAUCACCUUCCCAUACUUCCACCUGGAGAACAGCGCCACCUGCACCUUUGACUUCCUGCAGAUCCAUGACGGUGAAAGCGCCUCCGGCUACAUGAUUGGGAAAUACUGCGGCAGCGCCGCCCCCGCGGAGCUCUUCAGCUCCCACAAUUCCCUCUACUUCUGGUUCCGAUCCGACAGCUCUGUGAAUGCUGGAGGCUUCACUGUUGCCUGGGAGUCCAGAACACCUGUGUGUGGUGGGGAACUGACCGACACCUACGGCGCCAUCAACUCACCUGGUUACCCUGGCAACUACCCACCCAACCGAGACUGCUAUUGGUCGGUGGAUGUGAACCCGGGGCUUCUCAUCACCUUCGCCUUCGGCACGCUCAGUCUGGAGCAGCACCCCAACUGCAAUUUUGACUUCUUGGAGAUAAAAGAUGGGCUGCUUCCUGGGGAUCCGGUCCUGGGGAAGUACUGUACCACGGGUUCUCCACCCCCUCUGAGAACCACGGGCCCAGCAGCCUGGAUCCACUUCCACUCGGACUUCAGCGUUAGCGACCGCGGCUUCCACCUCACCUACACCACCUCUCCAUCUGACCCAGGAUGUGGGGGCACGUUCACAGAGAGCGAGGGCAUCAUCAUCUCACCCAACUGGCCCAACAACUAUGCCCACAACCGUCAAUGCAUCUACAUCAUCAGGAUGCCUCCCGGGGAGACCGUGGCCCUCAACUUCACACACAUGGACCUGGAGAGCCACAGUGUCUGCACCUUUGAUUAUGUGGAGGUCCGUGAUGGUACUAGUGAGACAGACCCACUCAUAGGAAAGUACUGUGGCUCCACCCUGCCAGCUCCCAUCACCUCCAGGUCCAGCAGCCUCUGGAUCCGCUUCAAGUCUGACGGGUCUGUCACUCGCGCUGGGUUCAGAGCCAUGUAUGAAGUCGCUUGUGGUGGCACCCUCUCGGGCACUGGUCAGAUCCGCACUCCAUUCCACCCUGGCGCAUACCCCCACAACAAGGAGUGUGAGUGGGUCAUCAACCAGCCUCCGGGCUACGCUAGUACCCUCACCUUCCUCACUUUUGACAUUGAGGGAGGCUCCACCUGUCGGUUCGACUAUGUUGAGGUUAGGGAUGGCUCCUCUGCCAGCUCUCCUCUGAUUGGCCAUUACUGCGGAACCCAAAUGCCGCCGAUGCUGGAGUCUACACAGAGAUCAAUGUACAUCCGCUUCAAAACAGACUCAUCCGUCUCCAACCUGGGAUUCACUGCUGAGUAUGCCUCCUUUAUAGAAGGUUGUGGAGACACACUAACAGAUCCCAGUGGCUCGUUCAAUAGUCCUGGUCACCCCACUAGCUACCCGCAUGGGGCCAACUGCACCUGGUACAUCUCUGUCACCCCCGGCAACCUCAUCCGCAUGUCAUUCACCUCCUUCAAUCUGGAGUACCACCAGGACUGCAGAUAUGACUAUGUGGAGGUGUAUGACAAUGGCACAGCGCAGACCGGGACACUACUCGGAAGAUACUGCGGCCGGUCAGUACCUCCAUCUCUGACCAGCACAGACAACAUGAUGACCCUCCUUUUUGUCUCGGACUCCAGCACGGCAACCGAAGGCUUCUCUGUCAGCUAUGUGUCAUUCAACGCCUCUACAGACUGUAGUGAGGUCUUCACCACGCCCACAGGGGAACUGUUCUCCCCCAACUUCCCCAGUUAUUACCCCACGAACCGUGAGUGUGUGUUCAAGAUCAUUGUGGCCGUCAACAUGCAGAUCAUGCUCAACUUCACUCACUUUCAACUGGAGGGCUCUCAAACUUCAAGCUGCAACUUUGAUUAUGUGGAGAUCAGGGAUGGAGGCUAUGAGACCUCCCCUCUGAUUGGGCGAUACUGUUCAACCAACAAGCCACCCAUAACAGUCUCUCACAGCAACCGCAUGUGGAUCAAGUUCCGAUCGGACCUGUCUGUCACUCGGAUGGGAUUCCGUGCUCAUUGGGAUGGCUCACAGACAGGCUGUGGAGGUACUCUCACCACCACCGGCGGUGGGUUCUCCUCCCCCGGCUACCCACUCCCUUACCACCCCAAUGCUGAGUGCUACUGGCUCAUCAAGACCAAUGCGGGGAGCCGCCUCACCAUCAACUUCAGUGACUUCCACCUGGAGAGCAGCUCGAACUGCGCCUAUGACUACCUAGCAGUGUAUGAUGGGAACAGCACUAAUGCUCCUCAGUUGGCUCAGCUGUGUGGGUCUCAGCUGCCUGCCUCCAUCAACUCAAGCAAGGAGCAUCUGUAUGUGAAGCUCCGUACCGACAGCAGCAUUGGGGCAGGGGGCUUCCUCGCCUCAUACAACACCAUGUGCCAGGGUAUUUUCGUAGCCAACCGGAGCCGAGGCUUCAUAGAGUCUUUGAACUACCCCAACAACUACCCCCACCACUCCUCCUGCAGCUGGACCAUCAAUACCACCAUGGGCAACACCAUCAACUACACCUUCAUGGCCUUUGACCUGGAGUCGACCUCAUCUUCCUGCAACUAUGAUUACGUGAAGCUUUAUAAUGGACCCAAUGCCCAGGCUCCUCUGAUUGGCUCAUACUGCGGUUACGUCCCGCCUCCUGCCAGCUCCACCACUGGCACCAGUCUGCACGUAGUGUUCCGAUCCGACUCCUCCGUGUCCCAAUCAGGCUUCCGGAUGCUUUGGUACCAGAACGGUUGUGGUGGGGACCUCUCUGGAGUACAUGGGAACUUCACCAGCCCAGGCUACCCUGACAGGUACCCAGAGAACCGGGAGUGCAUCUGGUACAUCCAGACGGAGGCAGGCACCAGCAUCACCCUCACCAUCUACGAGUUUGACGUGGAGUACCACCCUGACUGCUCAUUUGACCUGCUGGAGGUGUAUGGUGGACCAGACUUGUCGGCCCCACGUCUGGCUCAGCUCUGCACCACCCGUCCCUCUGGUAACCCCUUAGUGGUGUCCAGCACGGGCAAUCUAAUGACUGUCCGCUUCAAGAGUGAUGCAUACGUCAGUGGCCGUGGGUUCAAUGCAAAAUAUGAGGAAAUCCAUGGUGGCUGUGGUGGUGCAGUGAAUGCCCCCAGUGGAGAGAUCCACUCGCCCUCAUACCCCAACAACUACCCCAACAAUGUGGACUGCUCCUGGGUCAUCACUGUGGACGAGGGCCACCGGGUCCUCUUCAACUUCACAGACCUGGACAUCGAGAGCCAUGCCUCCUGCAACUGGGACUAUGUGGAAAUGCAUGACGGCCCGAGUGCAGAGUUCCCUCUGUUGGCGAAGGUCUGUGGCUCGGUGCGUCCAGCCGCCAUCAGCUCCACGAGUAACGUCAUCCACGUCCGCUUCCGCUCCGACAGCAGCCGUGCCCACCGCGGCUUCAGCGCCCACUUCUCAGAGGCAUGUGGGUCCACUAUUAUGGCUGAUGACAUUGGUGGAGCUAUUGCUUCCCCUCGCUAUCCUUACCCUUACCCAGCCAAUCAGAACUGCAGCUGGAUCAUCAAAGCUCAGGAGCCAUUUAACCACGUGACCCUGUCAUUCACUGACUUUGAGUUGGAGAUGGUCAAUGCCAACUGCUCCCAUGACUAUGUGGAGGUCUUGGAUGGGGAUAACUACCAGGCACCAUCAGUCGGAAAAUACUGUGGAACAGAGGUCCCUCACCCAGUCACAUCAUUCAGCAAUGGACUGGUCGUCAACUUCGUAUCUGACUCCUCUGUCUCAAAGAAGGGUUUCAGGGCAACUUACGCUGCCUCGACCUCAAGUUGUGGUGGAAACUUCUAUAUGGAGUCUGGCGCCUUCAACAGUCCCAACUACCCCGACGCCUAUCCCCCCAACAUCGAGUGUGUGUGGCAAAUCUUCAGCUCGCCUGGCAACCGUCUGCAGAUGUCUUUCACUAUGUUCCAGCUUCAGGCGAGUACCAACUGCAACAAUGACUUCUUGGAAAUCCGUGAGGCGAACUCCACAGGUCCUCUGAUUGGUCGCUUCUGUGGGGACUCCCUCCCCUCCAAUUACACCUCUGUCAUUGGCCACGUGCUCUGGCUCAAGUUUGUCUCUGAUGCCUCUGUCAGUGGAGCUGGCUUCAGGAUCACCUUCUCCCUUUUGUUUGGGAACGAGAUCACUGGCUCCUCAGGACAGAUCGCGUCACCCCUCUGGCCGCGCACAUACCCCAUGAAUGCAGACUACCGCUGGACCAUCUCUGUGGACUCAGACUACUACAUCAGCCUCCGCUUUCUAGAGAUUGACAUCGAGGAUCUGUCUAACUGCUACUAUGACAACCUCAGGAUUUUCGAUGGACCCAAUGUGCAUGCCUUACCCCUGGGCGCGUUCUGUGGCCUGUCCCUGCCUGACCCAGUGAGGAGCACCGGGAGUGCAAUGACACUGGAGUUCAAGUCGGACAAUGUGAUUGGAGGCAGGGGAUUCCUAAUCGAGUGGACGGCUGUCCAGAGCACAGGACCAAUACCAACUAUUGCUCCAGGCGCUUGUGGUGGAGCCCUUAUACCUGAAGACACACCCAGGUUCCUCUUCUCUCCUAACUGGCCAGACCCCUAUGAGCUCAACCUUGAGUGCUCAUGGGUAAUCCGUUCUCCGGACUCCAUCGUGGAGCUGAAUCUGCUGUUUAUGGACAUUGAAGAUUCAGCCACUUGUUACUUCGACAGCCUGGUCAUCAGAGAUGGCGAUACCAAUCUGUCACCCCUGCUGGCAAAGCUGUGUGGCCGAGAGCUGCCCGGACCGAUCCACUCCACGGGGGACGCCAUGUUCAUCCGCUUCACCACUGACAGCAGUGUCGUCCGGCAGGGCUUCAACGCCUCCUACUCAGGAGGUUGUGGUGGGCUGAUCCAUGCAGAUAGAGGGGUGAUCAGCACUCCUCGCUACCCUCAGAACUACCCUCCUGGCCAGGACUGCAGCUGGCACGUGAUGGUCACCCCCGGCUUCAGGGUGUUUGUCAACUUCCAGAGCCCCUUCCAGGUGCAGGGCUUCGGCUCAGGCUGCAGCUCCGGGGACUAUGUGGAGCUGAGGAACGGGCCCGACGUCUCAGCUCCCCCGCUCGGUGGCCGUCUGUGUGGCUCCACCGCCCCGUCCUUCGCCCAGACCACCGACAACAACCUCCAUGUGCGGUUCGUCUCUGAUAGCACCAAUGAGGGCCAAGGCUUCAAGCUGACAUUCGAGGCUCACAGUCAGGCUUGUGGAGGAUUCAUUGAGUUGGGGGACUCAGAUCCACCAGGCUACAUCACAUCGCCCAACUACCCCUCCAACUACCCCCAGAACAUCGACUGCAUCUGGGUCAUCUCUGUGCCCAAUGGAGAGGCGGUGCAGCUGGACUUUGAGGACGAGUUUUACAUCGAGACUAAUUCACAGUGUAGGUAUGACUAUCUGGAGAUCCGUGACGGCGCUAGCUCCGAUGCAGACCCCAUAGCCAGGCUUUGCGGAAACACGAAGCCAUCUACCCAACAUUCCACAGGCUCUGUGAUGUACCUCCGGUUCCGCACCGACACCAGUGUCACACACAAGGGCUUCAAGGCCAAGUACUCCAUUGCCACCUGCGGAGGCACUUACAUUGGCCAGAGCGGGGCUAUACGAAGCCCUGGCUUCCCAGACACCAACUACCCUGACGGAUCCAACUGUGAGUGGUACCUGGAGGGUCCUACAGGCCACUACCUCACCCUCACCUACACCACACUCAACCUGACCAGCUCCUCAGGCUGCGCCAGUGACUACGUGGAGGUCCGCGAGUACAACGCCUCGGGCCGGCUGCUGGGAAAGCACUGUGGUAACAGUGUGCCCGCUCCCAUGGACACCGGCGACAGCUUUGCCUAUGUGAAGUUUGUCAGCGACAGCAGUGGCAACGCGCCAGGCUUCAGCCUCGCAUUUACUGCCAGUGUGGAUGGGUGUGGAGGGGAUCUCAACCUCCCCGCAGGCACCAUCUCGUCGCCCAACUACCCUAACCUGUACCCCCACAGCCGCACCUGCCGCUGGUACAUCACCGUGCCCCCGGGGCGCAGGGUCACCCUCACCAUCAAUGACCUCCGGCUCGAGGGGACCGGCUCCAGCUCCUGCAACUAUGACUACGUGGAUGUCUUCAAUGGUGUUGUGUCCAAUGCUCCGCUCCUGGAGCGACUCUGUGGCACCGUUCCUGCUGGCCUGGAGAUCAAGUCCUCCGGGAACACCAUGACAGUCGUGUUCCGAACUGAUUCCUCCGUGUCCAAUGGUGGAUUCACAGCUGACUACUCCUCUGAUGAGGCGGCAGUGUGUGGAGGUCUGAUCCCAGGCCCAGAUGGCGGAAACUUCACAUCACCAAACUACGGCGUAGGAAACUACACCAACGAGCUGAACUGUGAGUGGCUGCUUCAGAAUCCCCAGCAUGUGAACUCCUCCAUCGUGGUCAUAAUAAACGAGCUACACUUGGAACACCAUCAGACCUGCGAGUCUGACUACAUUGAAUUCCGUCUGGGAGACUCCAAUGGGGAGUUCUUGGCUCGCUUCUGUGGUCAAACAAUCCCUGGAGUGCCAAUAGUGGUCUUCACUCCAGAGCUCUGGGUUCACUUCCUGACUGACAGUUCUGAAGUAGAUACCGGCUUUAAGGCCACAUAUUACUUCUCAGACUGUGGUGGUUGGCAGACUGGAGAGGGUGGAAUGAUUGCCAGCCCUGGUUACCCCAACAACUACCCUGGGCCCAGCCGCUGUGCCUGGCUCCUGGAGGCCCCGCCGGGCCACACCAUCACUCUCACCUUCAGUUACUUUCAUGUGGAAGAACAUAGCACAUGUAGGUGGGACUCUGUCACCAUCUUCAAUGGAGGAUCCCCAGGCUCACCCCUCAUUGGCCAGUACUGUGGAGAGAACUCUCCUGGAACGGUCCGAUCAGGAUCCAACAAGCUGGCCAUGGUCUUCCUGGCAGACGGCGUUGUUUCGCGCGGAGGUUUCAUGGCCACCUGGUCGGCCGACUCCUCAGGUUGUGGUGGGAUCAUUCACGCGGACACUGGCACUAUCAAAUCCCCCAACUACCCACAGAACUUCCCAGCAAACAGUGAGUGCUCGUGGACCGUCAUCGCCCACGAAGGGAACCAUCUGGAGAUGAGCUUCAACAGCGAGUUCCAGAUUCCGGACUCCACUGGACAGUGCCAGAACAGCUUCAUUAAGGUGUGGUCUGGCGACGAGGAGACGAACGCCGGGCUCUUGGCCACCGGCUGCGGCAGCACCGCACCGGCUCCUGUCAUCGCUCCUUUUAACACCAUCACCGCUCGCUUCCAGUCCUCAGAGAGCGCGGGAAAGGGCUUCAGUUUCGCAUAUAUCACACGCUGUGGAGCGAACUUCACUGCACCCCAGGGUCGUGUUGUUUCUCCCAACUACCCUGAGGAUUACCCCUCCCGUUCCAACUGCAAUUACCUCAUUGAUGCUGGAGAUCAGACUGUCAUUGUUCUCAAAUUCCAGACCUUCCAAAUAGAGGCUCACUCCACAUGUACCUACGAUGGAGUGAAGAUCUACAAUGAUGUCUCCAUGGCAACAAACCCUAUGGCCACGCUUUGCGGCAACACCAUCCCCGGAACCUUCUCCACAUUUGGUCCCAUGCUUAUCAACUUCUACUCCGAUUCCAUCGUUCAGGACAACGGUUUCUUAGCAGAGUACACAGCCAUCCCUUGUGGGGGGAUCUUCAAUGGCACGGCGGGAACGGUCAGCAGCCCCGCCCUCAGCCACACUGACUACCAUCACAACAUCAACUGCACCUACCAGAUCAUGGUCAACAACAACCGUGUCAUCGACCUCAAGUUCAACACAUUCCAGCUGGAGGCCUCCUCCAACUGUCGCUAUGACUACGUGGCGGUGUAUGACGGAGCGAACACCUUGGCCCCGCUGCUGGGGAAGUUCUGCGGCCGCACACUCCCCCCCAAACUCCGCUCCUCCUCCAAUCAGAUGUUCAUCGUCUUCAGGACAGACGCGUCUGUGUCAGGGCUUGGCUGGAGGGCCACCUACUCUGAGACAUUAGGUCCUCAGCAGGGAUGCGGAGGGUACCUGUCAGCCUCCCAGGGCAUGUUUGGUUCUCCAGACAUCGACCUGGAUGGGAAGUACGAGCAUCGUCUGGACUGCUUGUGGACCAUUACAGCAACGGCCAACAAAGUGUUCAAUCUGACAUUCCUUACUUUCGAGCUAGAGCCAGGCACCACCUGCAGAUAUGACUACGUCAAGGUGUAUGAUGGUGACAACAUCAACGCCCCUCUGGUGGGCACUUUCUGUGGGAACAUCAUUCCAUACUCCUUCCUCUCAUCCAGCAACUUCCUGACCGUUCGCUUCGUGACAGACAGCUCAGUGAAUAGACGCGGCUUCAAUGCCACCUAUAGUACUGUGGACCGUCUGUGUGGUGGUACCUUCAAUGCCACCAGCUCACCGCAGACCAUCACCUCCCCGAUGUACCCCAACGCCUACCCACCCUUCACCAACUGCCGCUGGGUGCUGGACGCGCCUGCUCAGGAGACCAUCAAAGUGGCCGUGCAGCAGUUCCGCCUGCAGCCCAGCCAGAGCUGCAGCCUCACCUAUCUGGAGUUCAAGGACUGGCCCCAGGGAGAUUAUGGACAGGCACAUAAGUUCUGUGGCACAGACAAUCACGUCCCAGACUUCUACACCUACGGACGCACUAUGUUCAUCACCUUCAAGUCAGAUGCCUUCAUGACUGGCAAUGGGUUCAGUUUGACCUACCAGGUGGCAGGAUGUAGUAGGACAUAUAACCAGUCUUAUGGUUAUCUGAAGAGUCCUGGCUGGCCAGCUGUUUACCCACACAACACUGACUGCAGCAUCCUCCUUGUGGCUCCACAGAACAGCUCCAUCUCCCUGUUCUUCAGCAGCUUCGACCUGGAGUCUCACUCCACCUGCAGCUAUGACUUUGUAGAGGUGCGUAACGGCAGUACCGCUACUGCCCCACUGCUAGGGAAGUACUGUGGCUCAACGCUGCCCAACCCAGUCUUCCCCGGGACAAACCAGCUCUUCCUGCGCUUCAGGAGUGAUGUCUCUCAGGCCCGCAAUGGCUUUGAGAUCACCUGGACAUCCUCCCCUCAAGGUUGCGGUGGUGUGCUGUAUGGAGAUCACGGCUCCUUCACCAGUCCAAACUUCCCUGGCACCUAUGCCAACGGCACCCACUGUGAAUGGGGCAUCAAGGCACCCAAUGGCCGUAUAGUGACCGUCACCUUCGCCCAAAUCAGCAUCGACGACCCUGGCAGCUGCGAGAGUAACUACCUAAAGCUUUACGAUGGGGAGAACACCGACAGCCCUCCAGUGGGACCCUACUGUGGAGCGGAGACGAACAUCGCGCCAUUCACCGCCUCCUCACAUCACGUCUACAUCCAGUUCCACGCUGAGUACGCCACACUGCCGUCUGGAUUCAGGCUCACGUGGAGCAGCUGAGGACACUGUACACACACUCUCACACACUCACACACACAAACACACACACACACUCAGUAAAACACUGUCCAUCUACAAGCCAUUGGCAACAAUUUAGUAUUUAACCUGAUUUGGCAGUCAUAUUUUGCUGAGAUGGAGAUGCUGCUGACAGGGAUGUGUAUCCAUGAACUGAUACACAGAAAUAGACAUGAACAUACAGUAAUCUCCUAUACAUAUACAUGGAACCAAGUUAUUCCAGCCAUACAGGACACACUGAUCAAUCUCCACCCACCUAUACAAUUAUAAUAAUCAUCCCCAAAAUUAUCUGUAAAAUCGUGUGUAAAUAAAGAUGAUUGUAGAUAUACAAGUGAUAUGUUUUUGAUGUAUUUUUCGAAAUAAACGUGGAAAUGGUU